AUGCCGACGGCGCCCGCCCAGUCACCUCCCGAGCCGGCCAUGCCCGCGCCCACCGCCACCCCCGUCGCGCCCGCUAAGCCGCCACCCGCAGUCGCGCCGGUCAAGCCGCCUCCGGUUGUCGCGCCCGUGUCCGCGCCGCCGCCCGUCGUGACGCCUCCUCCCGUGUCACCACCGCCCGUGAAGGCGCCUCCUCCCGUGACGCCACCACCGGUCACCGCGCCUCCGCCCGCGACGACUCCCCCGCCGGCGGCCGCACCGGCCGAGGCGCCCGCACCGGCCGAGGCGCCCGCGGUGCUCCCUCCCAUGGCGACGGCCCCGCCGGUGGCCGAGGCACCCGCCGUGCUGCCUCCGGCCAAGGCUCCGUCCAAGAGCAAGAACAAGCACAAGAGAAAGAGGAGCGGCAAGAAGAAGUCGUCCGCCCCCGCGCCGGAGCCGCUCAGCCCACCGGCCCCCAUCGCGCCCGAGCCCACCACCGUGGAGGACGUCUCCGGCCCCGCACCAUCCGCCAACGAUCUGAGCGGGAGCGGCCGGCAGUACGGCGCUGGGGGAUCGUCGUGCAGACCGCCGCCAUGGCCGCGCUGCUGCUGUCGCUAG